AUGUCUUUGUUGAUGCAAAAGACGUACAUUUCCCGUGGGGCCAUCGGGGCGAGCCAUCUGCUGAAGCCAAACCGCCUUAUAACUGGAACUAAACACCCAAGUCGCUUGGGGCGCAUAUCGAAUUGUCCAUGCCUCGCUCGCCGGACAUUGGCUACGAAUGUUGAGUCUCCCACCGCUGGGCAAAAUCCGCAACAGACUACUACCUCCAUCGAGGAUAUCCUUUUAAAAACCGAGUUUGAGGAGAACAAAGACAUUCGAAAUUAUCUACGCAAAUGGCAGGAGACGCACCCGAACAUCUUAGACCCGGUCCGAGGACCCGGGACGGCGAGCACAUUAGAUCCAUCGGCCCCUUGGGUUGGAAACAUGCUGAACGAUAGCAAGGAGGCGUUUGAUGCCGGUAGUGAUGUUUUACGCGAGGCAGACGAGGAGAGCUUGGAAUUUCACAAUAUCGGGGACGAAGGGGAGGGAGUAGAUGAAUUCCUCCAGCCAGGGGACUUGGUGGCUCUUUCUACUGUCGACGGCAUUUUAAGUUUUGCAAUCUACGUGCGAUCCGUUCAUAAGCAGCAACAGUUCUAUACAGAGCGAGGGAAAUGGCGAAUUGCUCACAGCAAAGAUCUGGACUAUGUCGUGAAGGGAUUCGCUCCUCCAGAAUUGGUCGCCCCCCUUCUGCCACAUUUUCCGGACACAAUGGCUCAAAUGAGCUUUGAAAUGCAGUCAGCCAUUGAAGGUGGAGUGCCGAGACCUGUUGGUGCCCCCCUCUUGCAAAGGAUCAGUGACUUCGAAGCAAAGAUCCAAGAUUUCUACCGAGACAAUGCGCAUAUCCUUGAUAACAUGCAUGAAAUUGUCGCAGACGAGGAAGAGAAGCUAGAAUACACCCUGGAAGAACUGGCAUGUAAAGCCUUAGGCAUAGAGGAGGAGGCCUUGGACGAUACGAUCUUAUUUGCUGUGCAUCAGACUAUCCGCCGGAACUCAUUCAUUAUUGAGAAUGACCGAAGCUCGCUGUUCACAAAUCAUUACCUGGUGCAACCGAAACGAGUUGCAAGACUCCUCAAUACUGUCACCAAAUGGGUGCAUGAACAUCAGGAAUACCUCGUCCGGUCUGCGACAGGCAGGGUAAUAGGAGAGGAGAAGUCCAAUAUGAAGGACCAUCCUCUGCAACAAUUCCUGCAAAAAGCCCAGCGUCUCAUACGGGUGAGUAGGAAAGUGCGGUCGCCGACGAUCAUGGCGAGCGUUGGUCCGACGGCACACCGGUUCGCACCAGGACAGGAUGGGAAGCCCAUGCUGUAUCGCGAAAUGGUCACCGAGAAGUUCAAUGACAACGAUCGAAUGAUCAUAGAGUAUCUGUUGCUCUGGUGCAUACCUCCUAGGAGAAUGAACUCUGGGCCAUUGAGAUCGGCUGGUUCCCACAUCAUGCGCGCUACUGGAAUGUAUACCACUCUCGAGCUGAACGCAGCGACCGUCAAGCUCUUCUUACAGGAAUUAGGGGUGUUAUCUCCUUGGGAAAAUUUGCGAUUACUUGACCAGAGUUUAGCUCUUCCUGGACACGGUAUCUCGCCCAGGUCAGAUGCUAUGUGGGAGGAUGUCAAGCAAGUGUGCGAGAAGCUCAAAUCUGAAGGGCUAUCGGAUAAGAUGGAGAGCCUGCGGACUGACUUUGGUAAUCUGCCAGUCUACUGCGUGGACAAUCCUGACGCGCAAGAGAUCGACGAUGGAGUGUCCUUGGAGUCUAUUUCAAGCUCGAAUGACACGUUCUGGAUACACAUACACAUCGCCAAUCCCUCCGCAUUUGUCGAACCUGACAGCUCCAUCAUGGAAUACGCCGCCAUGCGUAAUCAGACUCUCUAUGUUCCCGAGCGCACAUACCCGAUGCUACCCAGCUCAUUGACACAGAGCCAUUUCAGUUUGGCUCCUGGUCGCCCUACACUCACAUUCAGUGCCAAAAUGAAUUUGCAGGGUGAAGUUCUGGAAACAAAAAUCGCCAAUGGCAUUGUCAGAAACGUAAUUUAUAUCACGCACGAGAAGCUGCGUAGUCUUUUUGAACCCACCACUGGAUCUUCAGAUACUCUGACAGUGGGAGGCACCAUUACGCAGCCGCACUCUCGGGAAGAGUUACAGAGCUCCUUAACACCGGAAGACGAGCGCGCUUUUCGUACCUUGCGUAAACUGAUGUUGGCAUUUCGUGAAUACCGGCUCAAAAACGGGGCCAUGGAGUGGCCGUCGCCUGCUGACAAUUCAGUCUCUGUCUUCGCAGGGACAGCGCCCAUGAAACCCUACAACAUGGAUAUCUCCAAAGGCCGCUACUACUUGGGCGAUCCAAUCAUCCAGUUGCGCUUGCAGGACAUUGACCCCCACGAAGUACCUGACCUCACAAAGCGAAAUCUCAUUUCGACCUUGAUGAAUUUCGCAUGUUGGAUCUCUGGGAAGUGGUGCGCAGAGCGCAACAUCCCAGCAGUCUACGACGGAACAUGCUAUCACCCCGAAUACCCGAGACUAACGAACGAAAAUAUGGCCGAAUACGGAGGAGAAGGAUGGCUGCACUUCACAGCCCCGAAGGGUAUCUCCUCAUCGACCCCCAUCCCACAUAUUCCCCUCGGCCUAGACGCCUAUAUCAAAUCCACAAGUCCGCUUCGUCGAUACGUCGAUCUCCUCGCACACUACCAAAUCGAAGCCGCGCUGCGCUUCGAGCACGAACACGGGCGGCCCCUAGACGCCACGAAGGAUACCUCCGUUCUGCCCUUCUCCAAGGACUAUGUCGACAAGUAUAUCUCCAGAUCGCGUUGGAAACGCAACCGCAUCAGGGACUGCGACUCCGCUUCCAAGCAGUUCUGGUCGUGCAUGCUCCUCUUCCGCGCGUUCUACUUUGCUGAAUGCGCGUUACCCGAGACGUUCCCAUGCCUCCUCCACAAGCCAUACAGCUGUACCUCCAUGGCAGGAACGGAGUUCGGCGAAGGCUACGCGGGUGUCAUCACGUCUCUAGGAGUCCGCUGCCAGAUCCUUACCCACAACGUACCGGAUGCCAACAUCCUCAGCGUCGUGGAAGCUAAGAUUACCUCGGUUGAUUUGGCUCGCAUGCUGGUCGUCAUGGAGGCCACGCGAGUGGUCAAGCAUUUCGAGCGGGUUGGUGAGUGGCGUUAG